GUGUGUCAACAUUUGGGGCCACAUGCGCCAAGAGCCUGGACACUCGGCGUGGAGAGAGCCUAGCCUUCUGAGGCAGGACAGGGGUGGUCGGCGAUUGGGACUGUCCCACGAGGGGGCGCGUCUCGGGCUCUAGGACCCGCCCUCGCCGCGUUGGGCGCGGGGAGGAGACCCGGGAACCCCGGAGCCCGGAGCUCCGCCUCCCGUUUCCGGGGCAGCGCAGUUACCUGCACCGCCAGAGCCACACCUGGCGGAGGGAGAAGUCUCGGGGAGCGCGGCGGGGCUCCGGCAGAGGCUGCGGGCGGCGGCGGCGGCGUGGAGCGCAGCGCGCGGAGGCAGGGGCAGGCAGGCGGCGGCUCGGGCCGCUCUCCCGGCUGGCUGGCCGCGGACUCGGGCCGGCUGGGCGCCGCGGCGGGCGCACAUGGCAGCGUGAGAGGCGGGCGGCGCGGGGCUGGGGCCGCAGGGCCGCAUGGACAGAGGCGCCACUCCGGCCGGCCCCCGUUAGGGCCCCCGAUCCGCGGGCGCCACCCCCCGAUCAUGCUGCCUCUGCGGCCGCCUGGACCCAAAGCGGCCGGCCCGAGCCGCUGAGCCCCGUGGCGGCCGCGAGCUGCAUGGGGGAGCGCGGGCCAGGCUCGGGAAGAUGCCCCGGCCGGAGUUGCCCCUGCCGGAGGGCUGGGAGGAGGCGCGCGACUUCGACGGCAAGGUCUACUACAUAGAUCACAGGAACCGCACCACCAGCUGGAUCGACCCGCGGGACAGGUACACCAAACCGCUCACCUUUGCUGACUGCAUUAGCGAUGAGUUACCGCUGGGAUGGGAAGAAGCGUACGAUCCACAGGUUGGAGAUUACUUCAUAGACCACAAUACCAAGACCACUCAGAUCGAGGAUCCGAGGGUGCAAUGGCGGCGGGAACAGGAGCACAUGCUGAAGGAUUACCUGGUGGUGGCCCAGGAGGCUCUGAGUGCACAAAAGGAGAUCUACCAGGUGAAGCAGCAGCGCCUGGAGCUGGCACAGCAGGAGUAUCAGCAGUUGCAUGCCGUCUGGGAGCAUAAGCUGGGCUCCCAGGUUAGCUUGGUCUCUGGAUCCUCAUCCAGCUCCAAGUAUGACCCUGAGAUCCUGAAAGCUGAAAUCACCACUGCAAAGUCCCGGGUCAACAAGCUGAAGAGAGAGAUGGUCCACCUGCAGCAUGAGCUACAGUUCAAGGAGCGUGGCUUUCAGACCCUGAAGAAAAUUGAUGAGAGAAUGUCCGAUGCUCAGGGCGGCUACAAACUGGAUGAGGCCCAGGCUGUGCUGAGGGAAACCAAAGCCAUCAAGAAAGCCAUCACCUGUGGAGAAAAGGAGAAGCAAGACCUGAUCAAGAGUCUCGCCAUGCUAAAGGACGGCUUCCGGACAGACAGAGGGUCACACUCCGACCUAUGGUCCAGCAGCAGCUCUCUGGAGAGUUCAAGCUUCCCAAUGCCAAAGCAGUUCCUGGAUGUGAGCUCGCAGACAGACAUCUCCGGGAGUUUCAGCACCAGCAGCAACAAUCAGUUGGCCGAGAAGGUCAGAUUGCGCCUUCGGUAUGAAGAGGCGAAGAGAAGGAUCGCCAAUCUCAAGAUCCAGCUGGCCAAACUUGAUAGUGAGGCCUGGCCUGGGGUGCUAGACUCAGAGAGGGACCGACUGAUCCUCAUCAAUGAGAAGGAGGAACUUCUGAAGGAGAUGCGUUUCAUCAGCCCCCGGAAAUGGACCCAGGGAGAGGUGGAGCAGCUGGAGAUGGCCCGAAGGCGACUAGAGAAGGACUUACAGGCAGCCCGGGACACCCAGAGCAAGGCGCUGACUGAGAGGUUAAAGUUAAGCAGCAAGAGGAACCAGCUGGUAAGAGAACUGGAGGAAGCCACUCGGCAGGUGGCUACCCUGCACUCUCAGUUGAAAAGCCUCUCCAGCAGCAUGCAAUCACUGUCUUCAGGCAGUAGCCCUGGGUCACUUACAUCCAGCCGGGGCUCCCUGGCUGCCUCUAGCUUGGACUCCUCCACCUCAGCCAGCUUCACUGACCUCUAUUACGACCCGUUUGAGCCGCUGGACCCGGACCUCCAGAGCAAGGUGGAACUGCUAUUCCUGGAGGGUGCCACAGGCUUCCGGCCCUCAGGCUGCAUCACCACCAUCCAUGAGGAUGAGGUGGCCAAGACCCAGAAGGCAGAGGGAGGCAGCCGCCUGCAGGCCCUGCGCUCCCUAUCUGGCACUCCAAGAUCCAUGAGCUCCCUGUCUCCACGCUCCUCUCUCUCCUCCCCAUCCCCUCCCUGUUCCCCUCUCAUCGCUGAUCCCCUCCUGACUGGAGAUGCCUUUCUGGCCCCGCUGGAGUUUGAAGACACGGAGCUGAGUACCACUCUUUGUGAGCUGAGCCUCGGCAGCAGCUCCCGGGAAAGAUACCGGCUGGAGGAACCAGGACCUGAGGGCAAGCCGCUGGGCCAAGCUGCAAAUGUGGCCCCAGGGUGUGGCCUCAAAGUGGCCUGUGUGUCUGCUGCAGUGUCCGAUGAGUCAGUGGCCGGGGACAGUGGUGUAUAUGAGGCUUCAGCGCAGAGACCAGGUACUUCUGAAACUGCUGCAUUUGACAGUGAUGAAUGGGAAGCUGUGGGUGCCACUCGGGUUCAGAUUGCUCUGAAAUAUGAUGAGAAGAAUAAGCAAUUCGCAAUAUUAGUCAUCCAACUGAGUAACCUCUCUGCUCUGUUACUACAACAAGACCAGAAAGUGAACAUCCGUGUAGCCAUCCUGCCUUGCUCUGAAAGCAGUACCUGCUUGUUCAGAACCCGGCCUCUGGACUCUGCAGAUACCCUCGUGUUCAAUGAGGCAUUCUGGGUGUCCAUGUCCUACCCAGCCCUUCACCAGAAGACCUUACGAGUUGAUGUCUGCACCACUGACAGGAGCCAUACAGAGGAGUGCCUGGGAGGUGCCCAGAUCAGCCUGGCUGAGGUCUGCCGGUCCGGGGAGAGGUCAACACGUUGGUACAACCUCCUGAGCUACAAAUACUUGAAGAAGCAGUGCAGGGAGCCCCAGCCAGUCGAGGCUCCUGGGCCAGACCAUGUGGAUGCUGUGUCUGCCUUGCUAGAACAGACAGCUGUGGAGCUGGAGAAGAGGCAGGAGGGAAGAAGCAGCUCCCAGACGCUGGAGGGAAGCUGGACGUAUGAGGAAGAGGCCAGCGAGAAUGAGGCAGUAGCUGAGGAGGAAGAGGAGGGAGAGGAAGAUGUCUUCGCUGAAAAGGCCUCCCCCGAGGCAGAGGAGUGUCCAGCAUUAAAGGUGGACAGAGAGACCAAUACUGAUAGUGUGACCCCAUCCCCCACCGUGGUGCGCCCCAAGGACCGGCGGGUGGGUGCCCCUUCGACAGGGACAUUUCUUCGAGGGAAUACCAUCAUCCGCUCCAAGACCUUCUCGCCUGGACCCCAGAGCCAGUACGUGUGUCGGCUGAAUCGAAGUGACAGUGAUAGCUCCACUCUGUCCAAGAAGCCACCUUUUGUUCGAAACUCUCUGGAGCGGCGCAGCGUCAGGAUGAAGCGGCCUUCUUCUGUCAAGUCCCUGCGCACAGAGCGCCUGAUCCGCACCUCGCUGGACCUAGAACUAGACCUUCAGGCCACGAGGACCUGGCACAGCCAGCUGACCCAGGAGAUCUCAGUGCUGAAGGAGCUGAAGGAGCAUUUGGAGCAAGCCAAGAACCACGGGGAGAAGGAGCUGCCACAGUGGUUGCGUGAAGACGAGCGCUUCCGCCUGCUGCUGCGGAUGCUGGAGAAGAGGGUGGAUCGUGCGGAGCACAAGAGCGAGCUGCAGGCCGACAAGAUGAUGAGAGCUGCUGCCAAGGACGUACACAGGCUUCGAGGCCAGAGCUGUAAGGAGCCCCCAGAAGUGCAGUCUUUCAGGGAGAAAAUGGCAUUUUUCACCCGGCCUCGGAUGAACAUCCCAGCUCUCUCUGCAGAUGACGUCUAACCACCAGAAAAGUAUUUCCUUUGUUGCAUGGACCAUGCUGUGAAGGUUGACUGUGACUAAUGUUAUUUAUGAGGCAUUAUAUGAAGGUACUGAGUCACAAGUCCCCGAGCGCUCUCCUUGGUUUGAAGACAGAUUUUUUUUUUAGUUCAGGUUUUCUUGUUAUUAUUUAAAAAAAAAAAAUGAUAAAGCAACCAUAACAACAACAACAAAAACAAAAAACAAACCAACCAAACAAAAAAAAAACCAGCAUUAAAAUGACAAGAUUGUAUAGUUUGUAUAUUUAGGAAUGUAUUUUUGGGAAAGAAUUUAAAUGAACUAAAGCAGCGUAAGAGGCUGCUAGUCUUAAAGUUGUCUAGAGUUUCCUUUUUUGUACAGCAGCAACUUUCAGAGGUUUCUCUGCAAUAAAAAAGUCGUAUUUGAGGGACGACAAUCCUCAAAGGAGAUCCCGCAGGUGGCACAGCACAGCUAACCUGCCCUGGUUAACGUUAUUUUGUACAAUAAUACAAAGAGGAGGAUGUACAGAAACCGUGGGGGGAUUCGAAGACUGUCCGAGGAUCUUUGUGAGCUGUGAUGUGUCUUUCAUGUGGCCACCUGACCUGAAGCAGGUAGCAUGGAGCUGGCUGAGCAAGGCCAGCCCAGACUGGUGACAGGCCACGCCCAUCUCAGAUGCCCAGUGACGCCGCUGUGGGAGUGAGGGGAGGGCUGCGGGAAAACUGCGUUUGGAUCUAUCUCUAUCAAUAAAGUGGCCUUUUAAGAAAGAGCUUCUCGC